AUGGAACCGAACGCCCUCGUGAUGGGCAGUUCACCGUCCGGCAUAGACCGAGUGCAAGUCCCUCUGGCUCCGUAUCAUACUCGUUUUGCUGUCUUAUACACACCAAAGGGAUGAAGAAGGGGAGGAGUGGGGGACUCCUGAGUACAUGGAGCCAGAAAUUGUAGAAGAAUUGAGAAAAAGGAAAAACAAGGCGGCAGGGGACGUGGAGGGAAGCAACGAAGACGAAGACCAAAACGUGAAGCCUGUCAGGCCGACUCCUCGACCUAGAAGUACUAACGCCAUCUCCAUCUCAACGCAAUUGGAUUCCCUCAUGAUUAACGGGACAGAAGCCAAGGAGGGAACUGGGAAAGAGUGCGUCCACACGAUUCAUUUUCGUCCAGGAUCCUCCGACCUCAACCAACCCCAAUCCCCAUCCAAACCGGUUCCCGAACGAACCGAAAGGUCUCCAAAGGGCAUUCUCGAUGGGACUGGAGUGAUCCCUUUGGCAGAGAAAAACCACCAAGGAUCGGUUUCAGUCCUGAACGGGACCAGGGUGGUAGAUGAAAGUGAUGAGGAGGAAACUGAAACGGUGGAGGUGAGCAUCCAAAUCCAUUCUCCACCCCCUGAGGAAGAGGAAGAAACAAGCGGUUGCGCGACGGAAGAAGAAGAACCAUGUCCCUGCCCUUCUUCUGGCAACACUCCGUCACCAGUCAGCCUCGUGGACUCGGGUCACGCCGACGAACAAGAGGAGGAAGAAGAGGAUGAUGACGACGAUGAUGAUGAUGAUGAACUGCAGACUUAUGAUGUGACGUCGGUAGAAGAUGAUAAGGAGAUCCAUAACGAGAUCCAGCUACUCCAGGCGAGAACGAAAGAAAUCUUCACACAGACUGAAGUAUCAGAGCCUUUGGUUGUGGAGACGUCGCGGAGUUUCCGGAGUCUGAAAAACGAGAUCGAAGCCCAGAUCGAGAAGGCGAGUCGAGAGGCAAAGGCGACUCGGCCUCAUCACAACCAACAAGCACGCUCCGAUCUCCAUCAAUUCGUCCUAAAUGGUAUUCGGGGGAAGGAGAUCCUUGUGAAUCACAACGUCGUGAUCGAGGAGUUCGGUCCUCCUUCUUCCCUCAGCACCCUUACCGACGAUGGCCAUCACGAUCCCUUGCCCGAGCCCAACAGUACAGACACUGGGGAUUUCCAACUCUCCGAGGCUGUGGAAUCCGAUAUGCCAAAACCACACACCGUCCGCAACGUCCUCAAGAUCUUUGAGAGGUUCUUCAAGAGACACAGGAUCCAACAGGAGACACUCCGACUUGGCUCCGUGAAAUCCAACCCGAACAGCAAGAUCCUCCGAGGCACUCCCCAUCGCCCAAAUCGGAUUCUAAGCCAAGGCCAAGGUUCACGCCAAAAUCCACCUCAGAGGCAAGGGACAAGGGAGGGGGAUGAGAGGGAGAACUGGGAGAGAGGAUCUCAUCUGCCGAAUCGGCGAGCGAAGAGAGAUGAGACAAUUGACGCGGAGAUGGACGGGGAGGGGACGCUGCAGCCACUGAGAUGUCGACGAGUGUCAGAGGAAGUGCUAGCCAAAAUCCGGGAGCAAGGAACCACCAUGACCUUCAGUCCCGGCGGGAAAACCAUCCAUCGAGUCCGGGAUCUCCUUCAUUCAUUCGAUUCCGUAUCCCGAUCACGGGCCCAGAAAACCCUCUCUUCUUCCUCCCCUCGUCAGCAGGAACUCAAAUGAACAGUUGAGCCCCCCCUUUUUAAAUUUGGAUUCAUUCUCCUCUGUCUCCACCGUAGUUACCCUCCAUGAAUUUGUAAUAAACGCUCCAUCCCUCGAUC